AUGCUCCUGCGCCGCUUCUCGCCCUUUACUCGAUGUCUUCUCAGCGCCGGCCCGAGCCGCCCGAUUUCGACGACAUUGGCGGAGAUGGCGGCCCCAUCAAGUGCGCGUCUUCUCCCCCAACUGACCGCCGACGAGCUGAAAGUGACCGCGCGGGCCAGCGAGCGCUUGAAGCAGAUCCUCGCCGACGGGGAGAAGCUUCGCGUCGAGGUGGACGGAGGCGGAUGCAGCGGUUUCGAAUACAAAAUGCGUCUCGACAAAACGCUGCAGGACGACGAUCGCGUGAUGAAGAUUGCUGACGGCGCCGAAGUGGUCGUCGAUCAACUGUCGCUGGGCUAUUUGAGAGGCGCCACGCUGGACUAUGUGGAGGACUUGAUGAAGGCGUCGUUUCGCAUCGUCGACAACCCGAUCGCGCAGAAGGGGUGCAGUUGCGGCAGCAGUUUUGCCCUCAAAAUGGAU